AUGGGGACCGUUCACGCUAAGGCUAAACAAAAUGAAGGGUUUGGUGAGGUGGGAAGUGGGUUGCUUGGUAUGGACGAUCCAGUAGAACUAGAUGAAGAGCCUAUCACAAAACCUAAUAUAAAGCUGAAUGGAGUUCGGGCUCGUGUUGAUCGCGUACAUGUGGAUGGCCUGAGCCGAACUAAAGACGACAUCGUGCGAGGGGCCGUCGACGAUCUCUUUCAUGCGACCGAUUUCGAGGAUGUCAUACUGCGGGCCCACAAGGUGCGAAGCGCUUUGGAUGCGACUGGAUGCUUCCGAGACAUUGGGGUCUUCAUCGACGUGUCUUCGGGUCCCGGCGCGACACCCGAGGGACUGGAGGUAACCUUCCAAGUGAAGGAGCUCUCGCGCAUCGUGGGCGGAAUAAACACGACCGUCAGCGAAAACGAAGGCAACUUGGUCAUAGGCGUCAAGAUGCCUAACGUGGCCGGUAGGGGCGAGAGGGUCCAAGCGGAGUACAGCGUCGGCCACCGCAGUUCGUCCAACUUCAGCGUGACGGCCUCGAAGCCCUUCCCCCGCAGCCCCCUGGCGCCCACUCUCUCGGCUUCGGUGUACCAACAGAACCACGAGUAUCCCUGGUCCGGCUACCGCCUCCUCGACAGGGGUCUGAUGCUCGACCUGGCCUUCAACACCUCACCAUCGACGAAGCACAACCUGCAAUGGGAGGGUUUGGUGCGCGACACGUCCGUAUUGAGCAAAACGACCAGCUUCAAAGUGCGCGAGAGCAGCGGUCCGCAGAUGAAGUCGGUGCUGCGGCACGUGGUGACCGUGGACCGGCGCGACGAGCCGGUGUUCCCCACUCGCGGCACCUGGCUGCAGUUCAGCAGCGCCGUGGCCGGCCUGGGUGGCGGCGUGGCGCACGUGCGCACCGAGAUGCAGGCGCAGGCGAACGGCACGCUGCCCGGCGCGCCCUCCGUGGUGUUCCAGGCGACGGGCGCCGUGGGCGUGCUCCACGACAUGUUCGGAACGGAGCUGGCGGACCGCUUCUUCCUGGGCGGGCCCGCCACGCUCAGGGGCUUCGCGCAGCGGGGCGUAGGCCCCCGCGCUGAUGGCCUGGCCCUGGGGGGGACGAUGUACUGGGCGACGGGCCUGCACGUGUACGCGCCUCUGCCGUUCGUGGCGGCCCGCGGUGGCCUGUCGGAGCUGUUCCGCUCGCACCUGUUUCUGAACGGCGGCUGCCUCGCCCACCCAGAGGAGGGCGCGUCGGCGGCCGCUGCGCUGGCGGAGGUGCGGUUGGCGGGCGGCUGCGGCGUGGCGCUGCGGCUGGGCCGCGUGGCCAGGGUCGAGCUCAACUACUGCGUCCCGCUGCGCGCGCAGCCCAGGGACCUCGCCGCGCCCGGCCUGCAGCUCGGCGUGGCCGCGCACUUCCUC